GGUAGAGACCGUAGUAAACACGUCAAAGAAACCUGAAUUGUUUUGGCGGUUGGGUCGUGAAUUUAUAGACAGCAAUUUAGUCUAUAGAUUAGUAUAAAAAUAAGCUUUCGUCUUGCUAAAUACAAUGUCUAAACGUAGUUCGAGACAAGGUUCCCCGCUUGAGCUUGACGCUGGAGGGUACGAUUCCUCCUAUGAAGGAGAUGAAGAAGAAAACCAAAGGAAAAAGAGGAAGAAGGAUUGGCUUGUGAAAGACAAGCCAAAAAGUGAAGGCUUGGUACCGAAAUCUGCCUUUACUGAGCAAUAUUCCCAAGAAGCAAGAAGAAGUAUGCAGUCACAGCUGAGGGGAUUAACAGCUUAUGACCGUCACAAGCUUCUAAUCAAUCAAUACUAUCUCACCAUACCAGGAGCAGUUGAUAUCCUGAAAAGAGAUCAAUCUAAGGAUAAAAGAGAUUUUGACAUUAUCAAAGAUAAUCAUCAAUUUCUUUGGGAGGAGGAUGAUGCAGUUGAUACUUGGGGAAAACAGAUAGCAAAGAAAUACCAUGAUAAGCUGUUUAAAGAGUACUGUAUUUGUGAUCUUAGAAAAUAUAAGGAAAACAAGGUUGGCAUUCGGUGGAGAAUAGAAAAAGAAGUUGUAACAGGUAAAGGACAGUUCAGUUGCGGAGAACAAAAUUGCACGGAAAAAGAAAAUUUGAAAACCUGGGAGAUUAACUUUGCUUAUGUAGAGCAUGAAUUGAGAAAGAACUCCUUAGUCAAAAUCCGUUUGUGCAGCGAUUGUUCGCAUAAACUUAACUUUCAUCACAAAAGGAAAGAAGUGACGAAAAAGAAGAAGAGCAAGAAAGAAAUGAAAAGCAAAAUGUCACCAGGUGACCGGAGAAAGAGUGGCGGGGAACCAAGGUCUGAGAAGGUGACUCCAGAAACCAGUAGAAGUGACAUGAUUGACGGUGGAGAGACCUCCAUUCCUUCCAGCAAAAAUCAAGAACUCAGUGACAGCACAGAUGUUUGGCGAGAGGGCCAACAGUCAACUGAGGAAAAAUCCCGUGACGAAGAAUUUGAAGAGUUUUUAGAAGACUUGUUUCUGUGAAACAUACUAUUCUUAAACAAUGUGACUCCAACAUUUCAAUUUGCUUAAGAUAAUUUUACACGGUGGAACUAAGAGAAAA